GACAUUCACUGCUUCCAGUAAAUGGUGUAGGGGAGUGAGGGACUGCAGCACGAGACAGAUGCCAGGCUCAAUCCUACCAAACUAGCUAUCAUUUUGCAGCGAUAACUGUAUCAUAAAAAAUACUAUGGGGAACUGCUAUACAGUCGGACCAAAUGAAGCGUUGGUGGUAUCAGGUGGCUGCUGUGGCACAGAUGUCUCCGACUACGUAACUGGAAGCUGGGCCUGGGCAUGGUGGCUCGUCACAGAUAUACAGAGACUGUCUCUGGAGGUUAUGACCAUCCUCUGUCGCUGCGAGGAUAUCGAAACUUCGGAGGGUGUGCCCUUGGAUGUGACAGGGGUCGCUCAGGUGAGGGUCUCGUCUGAAGGAACAAUGCUGAAGUCUGCUUGUGAGCAGUUUCUGGGCAAAUCGGUGAAUGAGAUCCGGAGUGUCGUCUUGCAGACGCUGGAAGGUCACCUUCGCUCCAUCUUGGGUACACUGACCGUGGAGCAGAUCUAUCAGGACCGGGAUCAGUUUGCCAAGCUGGUGCGUGAGGUGGCAGCGCCAGACGUGGGCCGCAUGGGAAUCGAGAUUCUCAGCUUCACCAUAAAGGAUGUGUAUGACAAAGUAGAGUACCUGAGCUCACUGGGAAAGUCCCAGACCGCUGCUGUGCAGAGAGAUGCCGAUAUCGGAGUGGCAGAGGCCGAAAGAGACGCAGGGAUCAGGGAAGCUGAAUGUAAGAAGGAGAUGAUGGAUAUAAAGUUCCAGGCAGAUGCUAAAAUGGCUGAUUCUAAACGAGAACUGGAGAUGCAGAAAGCUGCUUUCAACCAGGAGGUCAACACAAAGAAAGCUGAGGCUCAGCUUGCCUAUGAGCUUCAGGCUGCCAAGGAGCAGCAGAAGAUCCGAUUGGAGGAGAUUGAGAUCGAGGUGGUGCAGAGGAAGAAGCAGAUCACCAUUGAGGAAAAGGAGAUCGACAGAACAGAAAAGGAGCUGAUCGCCACGGUGAAGCGUCCGGCCGAGGCAGAGGCAUACAGGAUGCAGCAGGUGGCCGAAGGACAGAAGAAAAAGAAAGUGCUUACUGCCCAGGCAGAGGCUGAGAAGAUCAGGUGCAUUGGUGAGGCGGAGGCGCUCUCCAUCGAGGCUGUGGGCAAGGCCGAGGCAGAGAAGAUGCGGCUUAAAGCAGAAGCUUACCAGCAGUAUGGAGAUGCGGCUAAGGUUGCCCUGGUCUUGGAGGCUCUGCCUAAGAUUGCUGCCAAAGUGGCAGCGCCGCUGGCCAGGACCAAUGAGAUUGUGAUCCUGAGCGGCGAUGGGAGUCGCGUGUCUGGGGAGGUGAACCGGCUGCUGGCUGAGCUGCCCGUGUCUAUCAAUGCCCUCACUGGAGUGGACCUGACCAAGAUGCCACUCCUGCAGCAGCUGACCAGUGCCCAUGCAUAGACGCGUUGCCAGUCCUCGCUUUAUGCACUCACAUAUGCCUUCUCCAGGAGACACUAGAAAUUACAGUUAUCUCCCAAGA